AUGCAGAAAAUUUUCCUCGAGAGAUUGAUGUUAGAAACACUGUUGUUUUCAGUUGUUGAAAAUAAUGUUUUAUCAUUCAACAAUUUUGUUGGCGACACUCAACAUAUUUUUUUUAUUAUAUUUGGAUUCACGAAGUGUUUAUUCGUUACAAUAAGUCGAGUGGAAAAUUUAGAGUUAAAUACGCGUCAGUUGUCUUUCCAAGACUUUGUAAUUUUCCACUAUGUUGGAAUUUGUCACCCAAGUAGCUUUAAUCAAAUGUUCGUUUUCCGCAUGGAGACCCAGAAAAUUUUUAAGUGUCUCGUGUCUGUUGUCAACACGUCUUGUGAUACUUCAAGUCUUGCAAAUUACUGCAAUUGA